AUGGGUGAAGAUUCUGACAGUAUCAACUCGCUUAAGCGGACCAUAUCCGUGGAGAACAUUGUUCCGAAGCUCACGUCGGUAUUCAAGAAGAGAAAGAGAGCCCACACUGAUGUUUCGGAUAUACUGCUGGAAGAGGAACAUGUGAAAGUCGAAGGAGUGAAGAAGCGGAAGAUCAAAACUCAGGCAGAGGAAGACUUUGAUAAGCAAGAGAUUGAGUAUGAUAACGAAUUACCUGAAGAGUAUCGGAAGUAUCGUCCUCGGGGAUUUAGAUUCAAUAUCCCCCCAAUUGACCGACCAAUCAGAAUCUAUGCUGAUGGGGUCUUUGAUUUGUUCCACUUGGGACACAUGAAACAAUUGGAACAAGCCAAAAAGUCGUUUAAGAAUGUCGAAUUAGUCUGUGGAAUCCCCAGUGACAUUGAGACCCAUAAACGGAAGGGGUUGACGGUAUUAUCCGACAAGCAACGAUGUGAAACGUUGAUGCAUUGCCGAUGGGUUGAUGAAGUGAUUCCCAAUGCUCCAUGGUGUGUUACGCCUGAGUUCCUUGUGGAACAUAAGAUCGACUACGUUGCCCAUGAUGAUCUCCCCUAUGCCCUGGGAGAUUCUGACGACAUUUAUAGACCAAUCAAAGUGAUGGGGAAAUUCUUAACCACCCAAAGAACAGAUGGGAUUCUGACUUCAGAUAUUAUCACCAAAAUCAUCAGAGACUAUGACAAAUAUCUCAUGAGAAACUUUGCUAGAGGAGCCACCAGGAAGGAAUUGAAUGUUUCAUGGUUGAAGAAGAAUGAAUUGGAGAUCAAGAAACAAUUCAAAGACUUUAGAACUUAUGUUUUAAAGAAUAAAGAGAAUUUCAACAAUGUUUCCAAAGAUCUAUACUUUGAAGUAAGAGAAUAUAUGAAGAGAUCUCGCAGAAGUCCCAAUAGUUCUGCUGCUUCUUCAUUGAGAGAAUCAACUCCAAGUAUAAGUGAUUCGGAAGAUAGUCGGUCUCCAUUGUUCGAGUUUGCUUCGAAAUAUGUGGGCAACGAUAAUAAGGAAAUGAACAAACGGUCUAUCCUUAGUAAUGUUAAAGAUUGGAUUAAAGGUGAUGAGCUGGAAUAUUCAACCAAUGAUGAAAGUGAACCGGAACUGAAGAUUCCUGUACGGAAACUUAGAAAGAAGAGUUCCCAAUUGUCUGAUCCAUAA